ACAAUCACAAUAUCUUUUUGGCGCUGGAAGGCACCGGCCACCGGCACCAACAUUGGUAAUCCAAUCUCCAAUCCAAGAUCGGUUCAUUGGUUGGCUGCACUGCGAGUGCUAAUGCCCGCUAGGUCACGAGUGCGCUAGCGAAUUGUGUGUUCAAAUUGCUGUGAAUUUAAACAGAGAUUAGUAAAUUUGUGUCAUCGAAUUACGUACAGUAUAAACUCGGAGAAAUGAUAGCGGCGGUGAAUGACUUUUUAGAUGACCUGCGUGGCGGCAGAAUGAGUGAGGCACCAAUAGUAAGGGUGGCGCAGGGAGCGCUGCAGGGUCGCAUCGCUAACGCGCCCUCAGGCAAGGCCUACUACAGCUUCCAGGGAAUCCCCUACGCGAAACCACCCCUAGGCUCGCUAAGGUUUAAAGCUCCGCAGCCCCCGGAGCCUUGGGAGGAUGUGCGCGACGCCACCGCGGAGGGCAAUGUGAGCGCGCAGCUGGACCGCAUGGCCGGCCACCAGUACCUCGGCGACGAGAACUGCCUCUUCCUCAACGUGUACACGCCGCGCCUCGAGGGACCGCCCCUGCCCGUCAUGGUCUUCAUACACGGCGGCGGAUUCUCCUUCGGCUCCGGCAACACCUCCCUGUACGGCCCCGACUACUUGGUAGAGAAGGACGUCGUCGUGGUCACCAUCAACUACAGGCUGGGCCCGCUCGGCUUCCUCUGCCUGCACACGGCGGAGGUGCCCGGCAACGCCGGCCUCAAGGACAUGGCGCAGGCGCUGCGCUGGCUCCGGGACAACGUUCAAGGCUUCGGCGGCGACCCCGCGAACCUGACCGUGUUCGGCGAGAGCGCGGGCGGAGUCGCCACCUCGCUGCUCACCGCCAGCCCCCUCACUAAGAACCUGAUAGACAAGGCCGUCAUCCAGUCGGGCACCGCCCUCCACAGCUGGGCCUUCCAGAGCGACCCGCUGCACAACGCGCGGCAGCUGGCGCGCUCGCUCGGCUGCGACGCGGAGGACGUCGACGGCAUCCUCGAGUUCUUGACCACGACGCCCGUCAAGGACCUCGUGGAGAUCGCCUCGCAGGACGUCGAAAAGGAAUUCAUGCAGAAACGUGCGACAAAGUUCGGGCCGGUCGUGGAGCGAGAGUUCCCGGGCGUGGAGGCGGCGCUCACGGAGCCCUUCAUCGAUCUUCUGACGUCGGGGCGCGUGGCGCAGGUGCCCGUCAUGAUCGGCAGCACGGCGCUGGAGUUCACGGAGGGGGGCGCGGAGGAGCUGCAGGAGUGUCUGCCGGCCGAGCUGGGGCUGGCGCGCGACGGGCCCGAGGCGGUCGCGGCCGCACAGCGCCUGCAGCAGCUCUACCUGAGCGGGAACUCUCGCCUCGGCCGCGCACAGCUGCUCUCCGACCUCCUCAUCAACGUGGACACGCACAGAUACGUGCAGUACCUCGUGAAGGCGACCAACCGACCUAUAUACUACUACAGAUUCGAUUACGUCGGCGAACUCAACGUGUCGAAGAAAUUGUUCCCCAAUCUGGAGGAGGAGCUGCAAGGGGCGCUGCACGAGGACGAGCUGGGCUACUUGUUCACGAUGGAGCUGCUGCGGGACGUGGAGCCCACGCCGCAGGAUAUCAAGAUGCGAGAGAGGAUGGUCAGACUCUGGACGAAUUUCGCAAAAGUCGGCAACCCCACACCGGACGAGAGCCACUACCUGACGGUUCGAUGGCAGCCGGUGUCUGAGGGCGCGGGCGAGGGCCUGCCCUGUCUACGCCUCGCCUCCGAGCUGACGCUGCUCGACGGCCCCGACGACAAGAUGGCCUUCUGGGACGACCUCUACAGCAAGCACUUCAAGAUCUGGAACCUGCCCGACCAGACGACCACCUCGCCCUCCACCAUAGAGAUCGUCAGCUACGUGCAGCAUCAGCACUCCGGCUCUAUCGUCCUAGAGGAGACCACCGAGACCCUCGUGCAGACCGCGCACGAGACGCAGCAACAAGAACAGACCACCCCCGAGCCUGAAGUUCUCCCCGAACCUUCCGUACCGGAGCUCCCCACCGCGCCGGAGCCCGCGCCCGAGCCCCAGUCGGAGCCUGCCGCGGCGAAGACCGUCGUGGACGCGCCGGAGCCCGCGCCUCUCAAUGGUGUAAAGGAGAGUCAAGUGAACGGCACACACGACAAGAAGCCCAGGACCUCCAAUGAAAUCAAAAUGGUGCAGAACAGCAACGGCCACCCCAAGGACGUCAUCCGCGCCAACGACCCUCCGGAGGACGACCUGCCCAAGAACAUAGGCGUUAACAAAUUCGUCAACUUCUUCGAGUCGCUCGGCGGAAAGAAGUGAGUCGUCUGGUCGCUCCACGCGUACUAUUUAGUCGUAACAGUAUUUAUAAAAACAUUCCUUUUAAAUAUUAAGUCGUAUUGUUGUAAAUUUCGGCAAAAAAAAAUGUUUUCGUUGUAAAUGAACGGUUCUAGUUGUCAACAUCACAAAUCUAAGAUAAUAUGUAAAAAA